GCUACUAAAGAAAGCGAUUUACAAAAUUCAACAAGGUGCGGAUCCGGGUUAAAAAACCAAAACCCGUUAACCCGUUUAGGGGAGACAAAGCCAGGUUGGUUCUUCAACAAAGACCACAUUGGCCUCUUGCUGCUGGCCGUGAACACUAAAGUGGGCCCCCACCCAAGCCCAUCAACAUCCAACCCAAGUCCACGCUGGCGGACAACACCAGCCCAACCUCCAGCCAAGAUCCCAACCAACUCCACCCACAACCUGACGAAUCCCAUGGCAUUCCCCGUAAUUUUCCCAACCUUUUUUACCUCAUCAUCCCAAACUCACAAUUCUCACCCACCGUUCUCACCCAAACUCUCUCAAACCCCUCCACGUCACCAUGUCGGUAAAAGAACCCGACCUUUCAGGUCCAAUUAAGUUCUUAUAUCUGGCUUUGGAUUCCGAACCGCCAAUGACAGCCUGUAAUCCAGCUGUAACCCAGCUGCUCUACCCGUACAGCUAGCACACAAUCCGCUUAACCUAGUCCACUACACGUGUCAACCACCUAUUCGUUUCCAAGAAUCAGGAUUGACCAGCUUAACCUGAUCCAGCGGAAGCAAACAAAGCACCCUCAUCUCUCCACUACCUCUCUAAAAGCGCGAGAUAAAGAAACGAACAAAACCCUCGCCGCUUGCGCCCCCACUCUCGUACGUGCGCUUCAGCUCCAGCUCAUUCCCGCACGCUUUCCCAUGCAACUAAACUACUCCUCCCUCUCUCUUAUACCUCUCCUCUUCUUCUUCUUCUUCUUCUUCUUCUUCUUCUUCUCCCUCUCAAACCCUAACCCUAAUUCUUGAAUCAUCCUGAGGCCACGCAGCACCGGCGGGGAUGGAUCCCUGCCCUUUCGUCCGGGUCCUUGUGGGCAACCUCGCGCUCAAGCUUCCUGUUGCGGCGCGACCAGCACGCGCAGGUGUCCACCCUUCGGCUUCUCCUUGCUACUGCCGCAUUCGUCUCAACAAGCUCCCUUACCAGACUGCUCCUCUCCCGCUUGACUCCGGCGAGACACCAUCGAAUUCUCUGUCUGCUAGCUUCGAUUUGAGCCGCGCUGACCUUGAUCGGCUUGCCGGGAAGUCGAUCUUCGCCGGCGGUGCUCGGAUCAAGAUCGCGAUCUACACUGGUCGGCGUGGGACUACUUGUGGGGUUAGCUCCGGCCGGCUUCUCGGUAAAAUCACUGUUCCUCUGGAUUUGAAGUCCGCUGAAGAUCGCUCUUGUAUAUUCCACACUGGAUGGGUCUCGGUGGGGAAGGGAUCCAAGAGCUCGGUCUCAGCUCAGCUUCAUCUCACGGUGAAGUCUGAGCCGGAUCCGAGGUUCGUCUUCGAGUUCGACGGCGAGCCGGAGUGCAGCCCUCUUGUUUACCAGCUUCAAGGCUCCAUGCGCCAGCCUAUGUUCUCAUGCAAGUUCAGCUGCCGUAGCGCCGCCGAUCGCUGCCUCCGUUCCAGAUCAGUGCAAAUCGAAGGCAAUAACUCGAAGGGAUGGCUCUCAACCUUCGGAUCGGAGAGGGAGAGACCAGUGAAAGAGAGGAAGGGCUGGUCGGUGACCGUCCAUGAUCUCUCCGGCUCGCCGGUGGCCAUGGCGUCAAUGGUCACGCCUUUCGUUGCUUCUCCGGGAACGGACCGCGUGAGCCGCUCCAACCCCGGUGCUUGGCUUAUUCUUCGCCCCGGCGACGGCACUUGGAAACCCUGGGGCCGUCUUGAGGCCUGGCGCGAGCGCGGCGGCAUUAUCGACGGCAUUGGUUACCGUUUCGAGCUUCUCCCGGACACCACUUCCCCCUCCGGCGCCGGCGUCUUGUUAGCCGAAUCCACUCUCAGCGCUAGCAAAGGCGGCAGGUUCUCCAUCGAUCUCACGUCGACGACGAAGCCGUUCUCGCCGGUGACGAGCCCACGUGGCAGCGGCGACUUCGGGCACGGGCUCUGGCCAUUCUCGGGGUUUGUGAUGUCGUCGACGGUGGAGGGCGAGGGGAAGCAGAGCCGGCCGACGGUGGAGGUCGGCGUGGCGCACGUCGCGUGCGCCGAGGACGCGGCGGCGUUUGUGGCUCUCGCCGCAGCCGUCGAUCUCAGCUUGGACGCUUGCCGGCUGUUCUCUCAUCGUCUUCGCAAAGAGCUUGAGUUUUCGGAAUAAAAUAAAAUAAAUUUUAAAUAAUCUUAAUUAUUAUUAGUUUGUUUAUUAAUAUUAAUAUUAUUAUUAUUAUCAUUAUUAGCUGGUUAGAUACUGACGUUAGAGUGGUUUUUGUUAAUUUUUUUAGUUUGGUGUGGUUUUGCUGGAAAGUGUACAGAUGGUCUUCUAGGUGUUUUUUUGUGGAACUAGAAGUCUGGUUUAUUUUA